AUGGUUCUUCACACUCGGGUCUCUUCACAGAGCUCGGUGGACUCUGAUGUCAGACCCUAUCCCCGUGCCUGUGGAAACAGCCCUAGGAAGGAGUCCCCGCUGUCCACGGGACAACUCCGACGUCCAGCUCCAAGCCAGUGUCAGGUCCCAGCUAAGGUCAGGGUGGACUGUGGCUACCCCAGCGUCUCCAAAGAGGAGUGUAACAACCGUGGCUGCUGCUUUGACAACAGCAUCCGGAAUGUGCCCUGGUGCUUCAAGCCCCUGCAGGAGGCAGAAUGCACCUUUUGA